AUGGCUAUAUUGGUAAAGACGCAAGCAGGGUUUCCAUUGAUAAAUCUUGCUAAGUUAAAGGGGAUUCCUAUUUUGCAGCAGUUGCAUCUGGAGAAGUGGCUGCUGCGAACUAGCUCAGACAAUUGGUGCAUUAGAAAUGAUGGAACCAAAGACCUGACUAAGCUUUUGAAAGUGCUAGCUGAUACCAAAAAUUUAAAAUUUGGUAAAACUGCUCAUGCCCAGUUGGUUGUUAGGAAUCAAACUUCAAAAGAUAGUGACAUCUCUCAAAUAAAUUCAUUGAUCAACCUAUAUGUCAAAUGUAGUCAAAUACAGCUUGCUCAAAAGCUAUUCGAUAGAAUGCAUAAGAGGAACGUAGUAUCUUGGAGUGCCUUAAUGGCAGGAUAUUUGCAUAAGGGGGAUGAAUUGGAGGUUUUUGGACUUUUUAAAGCUUUAGUUUCCUUGGAAAAUUCAUGGCCAAAUGAGUAUAUUUUUACUACAAUUAUUUCUUGCUGUUCUGAUAGUGGGAGAGUUGAUGAGGGUAAGCAAUGUCAUGGCUAUCUGUUAAAGUCUGGAUUGUUAUUUCAUCAAUAUGUGAAGAAUGCCCUUAUUCAUAUGUACUCAAGGUGCUUUCAUGUGGAAUUAGCGAUGCAGAUUUUGGAUACAGUGCCUGGUCAUGAUGUUUUUUCAUACAAUUCUAUCAUGAAUGCACUUGUAGAAUCUGGUUAUACAAGGGAAGCUGAAGCAGUUUUAGCAAGGAUGGUGGACCAAUCUGUAGCUUGGGAUAAUGUCACUUAUGUUACUCUGUUUGGCUUUUGUUCUCAUAUUAGAAAUUUGCAAUUUGGUUUGCAAAUCCAUGCCCAACUGUUGAAAUCUGAUCUGAAGUUUGAUGUCUUUGUUAGUAGCGCAAUGAUAGACAUGUAUGGGAAAUGUGGAGGAGUCUGGAAUGCAAGAAAAGUUUUUGAUGGCCUUCAAAAUCCGAAUGUGGUCGCAUGGACAGCAGUCAUGGCAGCUUACUUGCAGAAUGGGCAUUUUGAGGAAACUCUGAACCUAUUUAGAAUUAUGGAUCUUAAGGACACUGCACCAAAUGAGUGUACUUUCUCAGUGUUGCUUAAUGCUUGUGCAGGUCUAGCAUUGUUAAGCCAUGGUGAUACAUUACAUGCUCGGGUCGAGAAGGCAGGUUUUAAGAAUCAUUUAACUGUCAGAAAUGCUUUGAUAAACAUGUAUUCCAAGACUGGCAGCAUUGAUUCAGCAUAUAAUGUGUUCUCAGAUAUGUUGUAUCGAGAUACCAUCACUUGGAAUGCUAUGAUAAGUGGGUACUCCCACCAUGGACUUGGUAGGCAAGCUCUAAAAGUUUUUGAAGACAUGAUUUAUACUGGAGAACGUCCAAACAGCAUAACUUUUGUUGGUGUUCUUUCUGCUUGCGCACAUUUAGGCCAUGUAAAAGAAGGGUUCUACUAUUUGAAUCAUCUAAUGAAAAAAUUCGAAAUUGAACCAGGAUUGGAGCACUACACAUGCAUGGUCGCACUUUUGAGCAAAGUUGGCCUUCUCAAUGAAGCCGAGAACUUCAUGAAGACAACACAGGUCAAGUGGGAUGUUGUUGCCUGGCGUACUUUGCUCAAUGCUUGUCAUGUUCUUCGAAAUUACGGUAUGGGAAGAAAAAUUGCAGAACAUGUCAUACAGAUGGAUCCUCAUGAUGUGGGAACAUACACAUUGCUGUCAAAUAUGCAUGCCAAGGCAAGGAGGUGGGAUGGAGUUGCAAAGAUUCGAAAACUGAUGAGGGACAGAAACAUUAAGAAGGAACCUGGGGCAAGUUGGCUUGGGAUUAGAAAUGACACACACACCUUUCUUUCAAAAGCCAGCAAUCAUCCUGAGUCUAGUCAAAUUUCGAAGGUCCAACAAUUGUUGGCAAUGAUUAGGCCAUUAGGAUACAUACCAGAUACUGCUGUUGUGCUGCAUGAUGUGGAAGAUGAACAGAAAGAAGGCUAUCUGAGUUAUCACAGUGAAAAGCUGGCCAUAGCAUAUGGACUCAUGAAAAUACCCUCACCAGGACCCAUCCGUGUGAUAAAGAACCUUAGGAUGUGUGAUGAUUGCCACAAUGCUGUGAAACUAAUUGCAAAGGUCACAAACAGGUUGAUCAUUGUUAGAGAUGCUAACCGUUUUCAUCAUUUCCAAGAUGGUUAUUGUACUUGUUCUGAUCACUGGUAGCAAACUAAUGAUUCUUCUCA